AUGUCAUUUACGAAUACACCAAAGAAUUCCAACUUCAACGUUAAUACUUUGAAACUUACUCCUGAAAAAUUGGCUGAAUGGUCCAAACGACGUGCAUCAAACACUCACAAUAAUGAACCUUCACAACAGUCGUCCAAUGACUUUCCUUCACAACCGCCAACUAACUGCGCAUCUGACCCUCAGGAAAUAGAUGCAUGUAAGGAUUUACGUGGUAUUUCCAUAGAAAAAAUUCAAGAAUCCCAACUUUAUAUGAGUCAGGAUCUUGAUUAUCUUGAAAAGUCCUUGGAAUCUUUCGAAGACGAAUUAGCCGUAGCACGAGUAAGUAUAUGCGAGUUAAAGCAAGAUACUGCUAGACAAAUCACGAUUAAUAUAUUUGAACAGAUUGAGGAGAUGACAGGCAUAUUUAAAAUAGAUAUCGAUAUGCAAUAA